GGGCAUCUGACAGUUCUUAUGAAGUUCGUCUCUUUCCCCCGCCAUCUGUUAUCCCCCAACGCUGCCCUCUACCUCGUCAGAUACCAACGCCUAGGCACCUGGCCUCUUUUCUAACAUUACACCCGCCUUUCAGAGACAGUGAACCAUCUUUAUAACUGCCUGCUCGUCUUAGAGCGCUACACUACUUUACUCACCUUGUAUUUCGGGUUUCUUUGCCACUUCUUGCGUUGCACCUCUUUAAGAUCCGGCCCAAAAGAUGUCGACAGCCGCCAGGCGGCGUCUCAUGCGUGAUUUCAAGCGCAUGCAGACCGAUCCUCCCGCUGGCGUAUCUGCUUCGCCGGUUCCCGACAAUGUGAUGACAUGGAACGCUGUCAUCAUUGGCCCUGGUGAGACUCCCUUCGAAGACGGCACCUUCAGGCUCGUGAUGCAGUUUGAAGAACAGUAUCCAAAUAAGCCCCCUGCCGUCAAAUUCAUCAGUCAGAUGUUCCAUCCCAACGUCUAUGCCACUGGAGAACUUUGUCUCGACAUCUUACAGAAUCGCUGGAGCCCGACUUACGACGUAGCAGCGGUAUUAACAAGCAUCCAGAGUCUACUUAACGAUCCAAACACCGGCUCCCCGGCGAACGUGGAAGCUUCGAACCUCUACAAGGACAACCGCAAGGAGUAUCAGAAGCGCGUCCGAGAGACGGUGGAAAAGAGCUGGGAGGACUGAAUUCUCGCAUGUGGUAUCCUGAGGUAUCAGGGAGGACAUGACCAUCGGAAUGCCUCCCUCAGACAAACAAUUGAGUUUGGUAUUUUGGUAGGCCCACCGUUAUGAAUCGUAUUUUGUUGAUUGAUCGGGCCAGGGAACGAUUUGAACCUCUUUUUGGUUUUGGCAAGCGGCUGGCGUUCCAUGGCGUCUCAGCGGACGUCUCGUGGGACUAGGUUACACUUGUGGAUUGCUCGUAGUCGACGAGACACCAGAGAGAUCUGGACUUCUCAACCUCUUUCCGCAAGGGGCGUCCUCGACACAUUCAGGACCGCUGCAUUCCAACACAAUUUGUACCGAGUUUCUAUCGGCGACUGAGUGGAAUAUUAUUUAAGGACAUGGCCAUCCUCUUCAACAAGGCAUCUAAUGGUGUUUUCUAAAUUUGUAGGAGAUAGUAUAAAGAGAGGAGAGAAAUAAGAGUUUUAUACAAAGU